AGCUGGAGAGGAUGAAUGGAGAGGCCAUGAAGAGGGAUGUCGAAACGGCGAGACAGGUCACUGCAAAGAUAUUUCAUCUCAUACAGACGCAGGGUGAGAGCAAACGCGCACAGAAUAACGAUGCAAUCCACUGUACUCCAACUGAAAACAAGACAAAAUCCAGCAUUUUCCAUGUAUUUUAAUGUUUUUUCAUAGACAAGCAAUGUGGUUAUAGUGGUGUUAUGGGUGUUUGUGUACCUGUCUGUCUGUCCACGGAUAAUCUCACAUACUGCUGGACCGAUCAGCCACAUAUUUUUUUGUUCACCUCUUGUGGUUACGGUGAUUCACACUUUAGGAAACAACAUUUUAUUGACCGCCAUUGACUACUGACUCCUCACUCCUCUUAACCGGUCGAUAGGGAUCAACAACUGCUUCACUAGCAAAAGCCAAAUUUGGCCUUUGUCGUGGCUCAAAAACUGACAUCCACAGAAAAAGUUUGUCUCAUUUUGAACCGGAGCAUCUUCUGAUUAAUCCCAUACCCAAUAUAUUAUGAUCCAUUAAAGUUAGGCACAAUACAAGAUGAAUAAAAGGCUGUUUUUGUUAUCUUCACCGCCAUCUUGACUGUAAAGGGAGCUGGAAGGGACAAUUGAGUGAUAUUCAACUCUUCUUUGUUUUGGAGGCGAGAGGGAGACACACCUGGCAGAGAUAUGCACUCUACUGCACUUUUCCGUUUCAAAAUGUGUUCAGUGCCACUGUCGUGUAAAUAGAGAUGGGUUAGUGCACCGGUAGUCAAAGUGUGGAUGGAUUGUUGCAGUGUCUCCAGAUCUGGUUCUCUGAUUACUCUUUUAAAAGGAGAGUAGAGAAGAAGAUCUGACAGCAGAAGAAGCCGCUGUGCGGUGUCGCUGUGGAGAACAGACUGAAACACGAGUGUGUCUCUGUUAGCAGGGGGGCCUCUCUGCCACUCCAAGGAGCCGGAAGUAAUAGAAAUCUCUGAUGUAAGCAUCAUUGCUCUAGUGCUUUAACAAAUAGUUGAUUCAUGUAUUUGUCAAACUGACAAUAAUUUAAACAGUAACUGUUAAUGUCAUUUAUCAAGCAAAAGUGCCAACUAACAACCUUUCAAAUGUUAGGAGUUGCGGCUUUUUUCAAUUUGAUCUCAUUGUAAAAAUAAUACCAGCGAUUUGAAGUAAUAAUCUUGGGCUCUUUGAAAUUGUCAUGUGUAUUUUGUACUACUUUGACACAUUAAAUAGACGAAAUGAUUAAUCAGGUAAUUGAAAAAUGCAUUAAAUAUUGACGACAGAUUAAUCAAUUAUGAAAAUAGUUGGUUACUGGCAGCCAUUACUUUAAAAAAGAUUAAUAAAAGUGUACCACAAUACUACAUAUUUGAACUGUUUAAGAUUUCAUAUUUUUUCCCCGCAGCUAGUAGUUUUCAGUCAAUGUCAUUUUUUUUUUUUAUCAUGGAUUUUUUGAGUGAGAACAACUUGUAAUCACUUGAGUCAACUUUAAUGGAGCCUUUUGUGUGAAAGUGAAGAAUUCAGCUAAAUCAUCACCUAAUUUUGAGCCUGCUGGUACUAUGAACGUCUUCAUUAUUGCUGUUCAUGAAUUUCGUCUUUCCUCCUCACAUAAUUCAUUGCUUCCUUCCUCCCACUUCAAAGUAAGCUUGUAGUUAAUCCAUCAUGACUGUUGUGCACAGUGGGAAGGCUUUCGUCUGUGACACCGUCAAUCAUGAUGCCUCAGCUGUUCCUCUUUCAUCUCCUGCUUGGCUGUCUGUCACACCCUGCCUACAGUUCCCGACUUGAAAUGUGCAUGAGCGUGACGAUGGUUAGGGGGAAGGAGGGGGUCCGUGACCCUGUUCACAGUAACUAUACACCUCAAGAAGGACUUUGCUGUACUCUUGUCUCAUGUUCAGUGUUUUUGGAGCAGAAGGCAGUCAAUAGAUACCAAGAAACAUAACAAGGAUGACAGGGAGAAGGGACAGCUAGGAGUUGAAAGUGGGGUCAUAAACUCAUACAUCUGAUAAAAAUAAAGAUUAAAUUGCUCCACAGACCAGUCAGCAAUCCUAUAUAGAUGUCAUCUUUCUGUAGGAGCAAUUGGUGGUUUAGUUUCUGGUAGUGUGCAGGGGGGGGGGGGGAUAGAGGGAUAGAGGGAUAGAGGGAUAGAGAAAUACCUGCAGAAGUUUCUAAGGGCCUUUAUAUAGACUAUCACACUCUUAGGUGUUUGAUUCACAGCAGACUUGCACAACUUGUAGGACUCCAGAGGCAGUGAACCUGGGAUUUUGCAAUACAUCUUUUCACCCGCAGCUUUGGUGAGCUUUGAGACCUUUGUUUUGAAAUGGAGUACCGCUACACCAGGAGAUACUUUCCCUCUGUGGUCUCCCCGGACCCACCAGCUAGGGUCCAGAAUGAUGAAACUGUUUCAGAGAAGAGCGGGAAAGAGGUGAUGUCCAAAGGCUCCAGUGGCAUGGAGGUGAUUCUGGCUUCACUGGAGAACACCAGGGAUGUCCAGACCACUCUGAACAUCUUGUACAUUCUCAGUGAGCUGCUAACUGUGGGCAGAGGUCGCAGGGUCGGAGUGUUUGUGUGUAAAGGAGGAACAGGAAUCUUAUUCCAGAUUCUGAUCACUGCAAGUAAAGAGUUGCCUCCCAGUGAAGAACUCAUGCUGCAGCUUCACUCACUGCUCGCCAAGGUUGGCCCAAAAGACAGGAAGUUUGGAGUGAAAGCGCGUUUGAGCGGAGCGCUGAACGCCACAGUCAACUUAACGAAACAGAACCUACAGAACACCAAACUGCUUCUGCCCUGCCUGCAGGUUCUCAGGGUUUACUCCACCAACUCGGUGAACGCUGUUUCUUUGGGUAAGAACGGAGUGGUGGAGGUCAUGUUCAAGAUUGUCACGCCGUACAGCAAGAAGAACACCAGCCUGCUUAAGGUAGCUCUGGAUGCCCUGGGAGCUCUGCUUAAAUCCAAGACGAAUGCUCGCCGUGCAGUAGAUGGUGAACAUGUGCAUGUCUUGCUGGCUCUGUAUCAGGACUGGCAUCACAAUGACACGCGGCAUCGCCACAUGCUCAUUCGCAAAGGGCUGCUGGUCUGCCUCAGGAACAUCACCAACAUCAAGCUCGGCAGGAAAGCAUUCAUCGACGCUGAUGGCAUGAGGAUCCUCUACAACUCGUCCACUGAGUGUCUCCCGGUGCGGACUCUGGAUCCACUUAUCAACACUUCGAGUCUCAUCAUGAGGAAGUGUUUCCCUAAGAACCGUCUGCCUCUGCCCACCAUCAAAUCAGCCUUCCAUUACCAGCUGCCACAUGUACCUGCUGCAGGGACUGUGGCGCAGCUGUACAGCCAGCCACCUGGGGGAAGAAAAAUUCAACAGCUCUGCGACAGGCCCUUAAAGAAGGUGGAUGAUGUGGUGGAUGAAAGUGACGAUAACGAGGAGACAGACGCAGACACGGAGAACGAUACUGAGAACGAAGAGGACGAGAAGGACCAACACACUGCGAACGAUGACAUAGAGACGGACCUAAACAAGCUACAUCCAAAAAAGAACCCCGGACGUCCAUUCGAGGAGUUGAGGGUCUAUGAGAGGUUCUUCUUGGAGCUUUCUGAAGACUUCCAGGGUUGUAACUUUGAACCGUCAAAGAGUGCCUCUACCACAUCAUCAUCUUUCUCCUCAACUCGAUCCACUCGGCCAAUCAUAGUGCCAACAGCUCAAGCCCUGUCCCCAAAGCAUGUCCCCAUAAUGAGCUGUCAGGAGGAUUGCAACCCUACCAAAAGAAAACGCACCCCGCCGUCUCCAUCUGUGCCCACUCCUGCUCCUCUAACACCGCUAGAACUGGACACCAUCCACCUCACCAAGGACCAAGACAGACAAGAGGAGGCCCACAUUCCUUCCCCCGACACACAUACAACAUUGUCCUCCCUCACCAGGCCUCCUUCUCAAGCGCAGAUGAUAGAGCAGGAUCUGGCACAUGUGUUGGAGUGUGUCUCUCUAGAAGCGGAGGGGGCUCUGAACACAGGAGAAGAAGUAGAAAGGGGAGUCAAGCAAGAAGAAGUCAAUGCCACAAGGCACAUACAGUCUCCACUGCUCCUGGGGGGCAUCGCUACUCGUCGUGUGGGAGGAGGAGGAGGCAGUAACUGGGGUUCAGAUUGUGGCUCAGAGGGAGCCGAGGAUGAAGGAGCAGUUCUGGAGGUGCCAGACACGGCGCUGCUCCUCCCGCUUCAUGACCCCGACCUUUACGUGGAGAUGGUGAAGGGAACGCAGUCCGUACCCCAGUACGCUGAAGUAGCUUACCCGGACUACUUUGGCCACAUUGCCCCAACAUUUAAAGAACCCCUUCAGGAGAGAGUAUAUGGUGUACAGAGGUCUAAAAUAUUCCAGGACAUUGAGAGGUUAAUUCAUCCCAAUGAUAUCGUGGAUAAAGUAGUCUACGACUUAGACAUUCCCAGUUGUCCUGUGAUUGAAGACAAUGGCGAGUCGCUGAAGUUCAACUCUCAGUUUGAGUCUGGCAACCUCAGGAAGGCAGUUCAAAUUAGGAAAAAUGAGUAUGACCUUGUGCUGAAUUCAGACAUCAACAGUAAUCACUACCACCAGUGGUUCUACUUUGAGGCGAGCGGCAUGCGCGUUGGAACCACCUACCGCUUCAACAUCAUCAACUCUGAGAAGUCAAACAGCCAGUUCAACUACGGAAUGCAGGUGCUGAUGUACUCUGUGCAGGAGGCGAUCAGUGGCAGGCCUCGCUGGGUCAGAACAGGAACGGACAUCUGUUACUACAAGAAUCACUUUGCCAGGAGUUCCAUUGCAGCGGGUGGUCAGAAAGGAAAGUCCUAUUAUACAAUGACAUUCAGCACAAGCUUCAGCCAUAAGGACGAUGUCUGCUACUUUGCCUAUCAUUACCCGUACACCUACUCCACUCUUAAGAUGCACCUGUCCAAACUGGUGGCUUUGAGGACCCCCAAGAUCUACCUGAGACAGGACGUCCUCUGUGAAACUCUGGGGGGAAACAGCUGCCCCCUUCUCACCAUCACUGCCAUGCCAGAAUCCAACUCUAAUGACCACAUCUGUCAGUUUAGGAAUCGUCCAUUGAUCUUCCUGUCGGCCAGAGUGCAUCCUGGAGAGACCAACGCCAGCUGGGUAAUGAAGGGCACGCUGGAGUUCCUGAUGGGCACCAGCCACCUGGCAGCCAGCCUGAGAGAUGCCUACAUCUUCAAGAUAGUCCCCAUGCUCAACCCAGAUGGAGUUGUAAAUGGAAAUCAUCGUUGUUCUCUGAGCGGAGAGGAUUUGAAUCGCCAGUGGCAGAACCCCAAUGCAGAGCUCCACCCCACCAUCUACCACACUAAGAGCCUGCUGCAGUACCUUGCACACAUACAAAGGGCACCACUGGUAUUCUGCGACUACCACGGUCAUUCCAGGAAGAAGAAUGUGUUCAUGUACGGCUGCAGCGUGAAAGAGACAGUCUGGCAAUCCAAUAUCAGUGCUACGUCCAGUGACUUACAAGAGGACCUUGGAUACAGAGCGCUUCCUAAGAUCCUGUCCCAGAUCGCCCCGGCCUUCAGCAUGACCAGCUGUAGUUUUGUUGUGGAGCGCUCCAAAGAGUCAACGGCCCGUGUUGUUGUAUGGAGAGAGAUAGGAGUGCAGCGCAGCUACACCAUGGAGAGCACGCUGUGUGGCUGUGACCAGGGAAAAUAUAAGGGUCUUCAGAUCGGCACCAGAGAGCUGGAGGAGAUGGGAGCUCAGUUCUGUGUGGCCCUGCUGAGGCUGAAAAGGCUGACGGGGAUCCGCAAUCACCAACACCUGCUGGAUUUAGAGAGCGACAUCAUUGGGACACAGACGAAAGUGGUCAGCAGCAGCCCCACCACCUACGUGAUGGAGGAGGAUGAGCCGUCCUUUCUGGAGGCGAUAGACUACAGCGCAGAGAGCAACGAUGAGGACGCCGAGCCUGAAAACGAGCACGCCAUCGAAGUCCAAGAGAACCCCAUCCACCUCGAUCAACUGUCCGACUGCGAGACGAAUCGCAGGGACUGAUGCUGAGGUGAUAAUCUCGUAGAUCCCUGGCAAUUUGAGUUCUAAGGUGAAAUAUUCACAACACACUUCUCACUUUGUGAAUAAAUAGCUUAGAUUCACACCUCCAUAUAGACACUUUACGCUGCUACGUAGGCUACAUUGAGGUGCUCCUUGCCCAGAUGGAUUGAUUUUGUUGGCCCACUGGACCCAACUGUGUUGCUCAAUGAAUGUUCUCACCUUUCACCGUCAUACUAUAACCUUCAUGGACUGUAACCCCUGACCUCAGACACCAUAUAGCCUCUGAGAUUCACUUAUAGCUAGCCAGAGCAGCAAACAGCAGGCACCGCCGAUCCUUAACUGGAACCCUUGUCCACUUGCUAAUAGAGCCAGUGGCUUCUUACAGGUACUGUUUUUGAGUCUCCUCUCACACAUCACUCUGUGUUUGGUUAAAAACUCCUGGUGAUGGGAGGAACCUGGAUCUCCCUCACUGACCAGCUUAAAGAUCCAAUCACCCUGCCAUACUUAGUUCCUUUCUUUAGUCUCACCCGGGACUUCCUUGUGUCCUUCCUUGCUUGCCUCCUUCCUUCCAUAUUUUUCUGACAAGGCAGUGGUGUCUAAACGGGAUGCAGGGGUGACCAAGCAGCUCUAUCGUAGCUGCAGGUCGACGUCCAUCAUCCCGAGUGUCUCGUGAAGAGAAACCUACUUCGAUGUAACUACACUUGAGCUGUGACCACACGUCCUCCCUUCACCCCUCCCUCUUGGGCCACAAUGCUUGUGGUGGGAUUAUCUAUGUGCUGUUUGCCUUGCUUCAUCCAGAACUGAAACUAUUUAUAUUACUCAAAUGUAGAAUGUUCACGUCUUUAUCAAGACAAACCUCGUGCUAUAAAAGAAAUGCAGAUAGAAACCACAAACUAACUAACAGGCCUGGUUUGAAAUUCUAGGCUCACGUAUAGCAUUACAAACAUGAAGAUGGAAUGUAAAACAUCCACAUGCACAGUGUUUUCAUUGUUUUUAAUAUUAGACAGUAUUAAACUGAAAAAAAACGUAAUGAACAAGGCGCAUGAGCUUCAGAGAGCAAAAAAAACCCUUUUGCACUUUGGAUAGACACUACACACACACGCGCGCGCAACACAAAGAGAAACAAAGCGAAUCACUUUACAACAUGUCACAGUUUGCAAACCUCAGCCUCAGUCACCUCUUUACUUUGAAGUGCUCAGAGUCCAGUCCAAAGCUAGUGGUAACAUUGCUGUGAUGUUUUUAAAAUUAUACUGGAAUUUAGUUUCCUUUUUAUCCGUUCCUGAGAUCUAUGUGUACAUUUUGUGGAGACCCAUGCAUUAACACAGAUGGUGCUUUGUAUUGAGACAUUGUUUGAUUUUUUUUCUGUAUUUGUCCACGGAGAUGAGGUACUUUUCUGUUGCAUUUGUACAGCGAGCGCAUGGCUAUUUUUCUGUUACUUUAGUUCUGUAAUUUAUUAAGUAUUGUUUUCUGGGAUGCAAACCUGUUUGUAUAUGAGGCUUUUUAAGUGUAUGAGUGCAAGUGUGUGUGCAGGAGUUAAAGUUAUUCCAUUAUUCAGCCCAGCUAAUGCUCUUACAGUGUGUUUCUUCUUUCACUUUGACUUUCCCCUCGUACUCUCCUUCAAACAUGUUCUCUCUCCUCCCCUCUGACCUCCCUCGUUCCCUCGUUUUCUGUCCUUCGCUUGGCUCUACUUACUUUCAGAUUUCACUCAACAACUUACAAACCCAGGGAGGUAACUGUUCCUGGCUCGCGGGUGCGUCUAUGGGAUGUAAAUAAUGUGAAUGAAUGUCCCUAUGAGGAUUGUGUAUGCUGUUAUAUUUAUGUUUGUCUUUGCAGUUUACGUCAGGCUUCUUUUGUUUUAUGUUUGUUUUGAGGGAAACGAGCAGUGAUGGCGAUUCAUUUAAAGUUGAUCGUAACACAGAAAAUGAAGAUAUGGGAAAUAAAAUGUGAAUGUCGUAAA